UGAACAUGGCGGAUGUUUGGAUUUGAGUCGGAGACAAGUGAAUUAAAUUUUGAAUUGUGAAUUUGACUUUUGUUGGGUUUUGCUUUUGCUUUUCAUAUUUUUGUGAUCAAUUUGCAAUUUGCAAGGGUUUCUUCUAUUAUUUAAAAAGUGAAACGGAGGAAAAUCUGUGUACAAUUUGCUUCAAAGAUGAGUUACAACAACAAAAGCCCCUGGGGUAACAAACAACAGGGCGCCAAUCCCAUGGGGUCCAUGGGCGGCUUAAACCAUUCAGGCAUGGUACCGUUUCAGCCACAACAACAAGUAUUUCAAAACCUGGGACUCAAUCAGCAGAAUUUGGGAUUGGGAUUGCAACAAAUGGCUGCAAACCAAUUAAGUUUGGCCUCAAAUCCUAUAUUUCAGCAGCAACUCUCGGCUGUGAGUUAUCCCAAUACCAGGGGGCUCAAUCCUACGGCUUUUCAGACUCAGACUAAUGUUCAACAGAGUUCCAAUGCUGGUACGAAACAAAAAGUCUUUACUGGCACAGUAACCCAAAUCCAUGAAAACUUCGGCUUCAUCGAUGAAGAAGUCUUUUUCUCAAGAAACGUGUGCAUCAAAGGCUCCAAUCCUGUUGUUGGGGAUCGAGUUCUUGUUGAAGCCACUUUUAAUUCGUCAAUGCCAUUCAAGUGGAAUGCCGCUAGAGUUCAAGUCAUGCCCAGCAGUCAUCCUAGAGAUCCAAGACAUAGCCAAGUUGAUAGCAACAAUGGCUUUGGAAGGCGCGAUUCUGGUAACAGGGAUUUUGGCAACCGCGAUAGAGCCAAACCAAGCGCUGGGGAAAGGAGGAACAGAUCCCGAGAUAGGGAUGAUGAUGAAGUUGACCGGAAAAGAAGGAGGGAAGAUAGACAAAGGGAAAGGGAGAAGGAGGAAAAAGAUAGAAAGUCACCUGUUGUGAGAAGACGGUCUAGAUCGCCAAAGCCACGUAAUUCUUGGAGAAGUAGGGCAAUUCCUAGAUACAUGGUGCAAAUUCCUAAGCUGAGUUUAAGUCUAAGCCAUGCUGAUGUCUUAGACGUCAAAAAACGCUACAACACUUUGUAUAUUCCGUCUGAUUUUUUCUAUACUUCCAUGAGCUGGGUGAAUGCUUUUCCAGCAGAUAAGCCUUACGCAUUAGACAAGCCAUGCUCUUUUCACAUUAUGAAUAAAGAAUUGGACUCUAUUACCAACAAUGAUGCUGUGUUAGAGCCUGCAGAUGCUGACUACAGAUUCUCAGCUAAAGUUAUGCUAAUGAGCGUCCCUGGCAUGGAAGAGAUUUAUCAAAAAUGCUGCCACUUGUCAGAAGAAAAAGAGAGUCGUGAUAGAGACAGUGAAGAGAAGGAUAAUAUUCAUCCAACUCGUUUAAUUAAUUUUUUGGUGGGAUUAAGGGGCAAAAAUGAAACUAUGGCCAUUGGUGGACCAUGGAGCCCGUCUCUGGAUGGUGAGAACCCCGAGCAGGACCCUUCAGUGCUCAUCAAAACUGCUAUCAGGUCUUGCAAGGCGCUCACUGGGAUUGACCUUUCUAAUUGUACUCAGUGGUACCGCUUCGUGGAGCUGUAUUAUCGCCGUUCUGCGACUACGCACAAGGGCAAAGCUGUACCUGCCAGAGUUGAAACUGUCGUAAUCUUCUUGCCGGAUGUCUGGAGCUGCCUACCCACCCGAUUGGAGUGGGAAGAAUUGCAGCAGGGCUACCGUAAACACGUGGAAAAUAUCCUGAAAGCAGCUGAUGGAGUCACGGAAGAGACCGACAAUACUAUCAACAUCAGUGAUGAAAAGAAUGACGAGGUCAUUGAAAAACUGGAACCCACUGUUUUAACUGAACUGAAUGUUAAAUCGAUGACUGUGGCAGAAUUGAGAGCUGGAUUACAGGCCAGGGAUUUGGAUUCUAAGGGUUUGAAGGCCCAGUUAGUGGCGAGAUUAACUAAGGCUUUAAAGAGUGAGGCUGAAAUGGAAGAAGAGUGUAAUGAAGAAGAAAGCUCGGAGAAAGAUGCUUUAGAAAAGCAAGAAACUGUUGACAAAGAAGAGGCUCAAAGUGAAAAGGAAAAGAAACCAGAGCCUGAAGAGAAAAAGCUGGAUGAAGUUCAAAAACGUCGCCUAGAAAAACAGUACACACUACCUGACCAACCACAUCUUAUUAUACACCCAUCGAAAACCGCCAAGAGUGGUAAAUUUGACUGUACUUCUAUGUCAUUGUCUCUUUUAUUAGACUAUCGUCUAGAGGAUACUAAGGAGCAUACAUUUGAGGUUUCUCUUUUUGCCGAACUUUUUAAUGAGAUGCUGAUGAGAGAUUUUGGUUUCAAUAUUUUCAAAGCUUUAAUUGAAUUACCCGAGAAACCAAAGGAAGAUGAAAAGAAAAAGAAAGACGAGAAGAAGGAUGAUAAGAAAAAAGAUGGGGAUGAGGAAACUAAAAUGGAAGAAAGUGAACCUAAAAAAGAUGACGAUAAAAAGAAAGACAGAGAUGAGAGAAAAUCUGAAUCAACUGAUGAUGAAGAUACAUCAAGCCGAAAAAGUAAAGACAAAAAGAAGAAGGACCGUGUAAAAUUGAUUACAAAAGAUAAACAUUUAUUAUUGUCUUUUGUGUACUUUGACCAAACUCAUUGUGGUUAUAUCUUUGACAAAGACAUUGAAGAAUUAUUUUAUACUUUAGGUCUGAGUUUGUCAAGAUCUCAAAUUAAAAAAAUUCUAAACAAAGCAGUUGCCAGAGAUAACUUGUAUUACCGCAAGUUAACUGAUAAACCUAAAGAAGAAGAAAAAGCUGAAAAUGAAGUGGCAGUCGAAAAGCCUGCAGCAACUGAAAUAAAUUUGAAUGAGUUGGCUUUGGGUAAUAGAAAAUUUUUGCCCAUAUUCAACUCGCAAACUAAAACUGAACAAUCAGUAUCUGACCCAAAUGAUGGACUUGUGGUAUAUCGCGGUGCGGUAGUUGAUGUUGGUAAAUUGCUAAUACAACUUGAUAGAAGUGAGAAGGCUCGAAUUGAAACUGAACAAUAUUUGGUGGAUUUGAAAAACGAAAAUCAGAAGCUUACCGACAAAUAUUCAAAGUCGAGUUCAACUAUCAAACAUUUAAAUUCGGAAGUGAAAGAAUUUAAAGACAAAUUGAGGACUUGUGAGGAUGCUUUAGGAAGAUCAAAUGCUCAUACAAAAUUGUUUCAAACAGCAUUAUUGGAUAUUCGUGAUAGAAUCGAACCAGUAUUAAAGUCGGCUUCACACAAAGAAGAAAAAAAAGAGAGGGAUAGAGAUGACAAGAAAAAAGACAGAGACGAUGGAAAAUCAAGAUGGGAAAAGGAAAGAGAUAGCCGAAAAGAUGACAUUAAAAAAGAUCAUGAAAUUAAGAAGGAAAUUAGAAAGGAGAAGAAAGAAGAUGAAGUGGAUAAGAAGGACACUAUUACAGAAGUGGAAGAAGUUCAGAUGAAGGAAGAAAAGAAUUAGUAACUUUUGUGUUUCUAGUCUGUGUUUAUUUUUAUUUUAGAGUGGCUUACUAAUUAAAUCAAAAAACUAGUUGGCACCAUUUUGAAAAUGCAUUUAACAUGUUAAGGACUAGAUUGUUUAACCAUCAGAUAAAGUUUGGGUAUUUUUUGACAAUUUCAUAACAUUCAAAAAAAUAUGCUUUAUUUGUUAAGAAACUCCAUGUAGGUAUUAUGGAAAAAAAUGUGUAAUGGGAAUUAUUGGAUAAAUAAAAUGGUUUUGCGAAAAUAACUACGUAUAUAUAUUCAGUAAAAUUUGUUGUUUCCUUUCACAUUUUUUCAUGCAAUCUAAAAAUUCUAUUAAAACCUGACAUAAAAAGUAUAUUUUUUUUUGGAAACAAAAAUUAUUUAAAAUUAAUAGGAGCUAAAUUUAAAAUGAUAAAUGGCAGGCAGUAAAUAUUUCCAAAAAAAAAAAAAUAGGUAGGUAGGUAUCAAUAAAGUUUAAAUAUCGAUGGCCUUAUGAGGCUAGUAGUUGUUCUUCCUCAUCACCAUAAGAUUCUUUCAAUGGUUUUGAGCAAGGUUUCAACAGACCUUAUAAAAAAUCCUUCACCAAAAAAGAGUCUUAAUUUUAUACUGACAUCUAAAAAUGAAGGCCAACAUAGCCUGUAAGAAGUGGCCCACUUGAAAAAAAAAAUCAUCUUGAAACUGUAGCUACUUAGUUUUCAGAAAGAGGCAUAAGAAGUUUUAGGAAAAGCCUCUUACAAUGAUGACAGGCCAAAAUCUGCCUGUGUAGUCACACCUUGCUAGUCACAGGACUUUUGCUGUUGAGCCUUUUCAAUAUUAAAUAAUCAGAUGAUUUCAAAAUACCUAGUUUUGCCUAGAUAAAGGAAAAAUUAUUUUCAACAAAAGAUUGAACUACUACUGUUUAUAAAUAAUUUGCCACCAAUUUCUUUCAAUCACAAACGCAAUUUGGAAACUAUAUUUCUUUUGCCAUAAAGCUAUAAUCAUCAAUAAUAAAUAUUGCUCCAUGUGAGGCACUAAAAAGGCGCAAAAAAAUUAAGUACAUUCUUAAAAUUUACAUAAAAUUAUUAAAUCUAUCACAUAUUUUGGAAUGUAUAAGAAAACAGUUCUGGGUAACGCUUAUAUACCUAUAAUAAAAAUAUUUGCUUUAAAUAUUAAUCUUAGGUCUAGUAGGGGCAAUAAUAAUUAUUAUUAUUAUGUGUGUAUGUGUGAUAUUUUCUUGCUAGAAUAAUUAUGGUAAAUAUGAGAAUUAUUUUAUGUGGUUAUAAUGAUUUCUACAUUUUCUAACAGUUGUAUAGAAAAGCAGUUUUACCAACCACAUAUUUUCCUAAAUAAUUUGUGCAUUUAAUAACACACCAGAUAUUAGUAAUCAGGCGGGUACUUUUUCUUUCUUUUCUGUAGCAAAUUUGACUAACAUUAAUAUAAAGGUGUGCUUUACUAAGAACAAAGAUAAAAUUUUAUAUGAUUUAAAAAAUCUAAUGUAAAUAUGAAAUGUAACUAAGCCACAUUUCAUAUUUUACCUCUAAAAAUUCUCUAUAAAAAUACAAUACUUUUAUGUUGUAAUGAUGUUGAAAUUUUCAAAUACUUAUAUCAAAAAUUACCAACUACAUAGUAAUAAGCUAAUUUUUUUUAGAUAAUUUUUUAAGCUAGGGAAUUAUAUAGAGAACAAGUUUAAUACUGAUCGAACUAGUGCUUAGAUUUGCACUACGUUUUAAAAAAUCUAAGAAUUAAUUCAUAAAAAAAAUUGACUUUAGGAAUUAAAAUUGACACAGUACACAAUUAAAAUUAAAACUUUUGGACAGUGUAAGAGGAUACGAAAUAGUAGACACAACCUUGUUUUCAUAUUGGGUAAGAAAAGUACACAUGUGCUUUUGUUGUAUAAAUUAAAAUUGUUUGGACGUACACAGUAUAUGUUUCUUUAUGCAGGAUAUUAUUAAAACAUAUUCUAAGUUUAUUAUUUCGUUGAUAUCGGAGAGUAGCGAGGUAAGUGGAAAGUUCAGUAUACUUAGGUUUCAUAACCAACAUAGAAAUCACCUGACUUGCCAUCUAAAGGCGUCUUUGCAAUAGUUAAACCAAAUCCAAUUAUGUAUAUGAAAAUAAUACUCAGGGAAGACCCUGCACCAACUCAAAUGAAUCAUUGGAAAAUAGGGAUUCAAAACUAAGUCAACAACAAAACUUUUGAGUUUGCAAAUUCACAGUUUCUCUCAGUAAAAAGCUAUAAGUAUAGCUUCUGCUUGCAAUGAUAUACAAAUUGUAAAUAUUAAACUCAGACAUACAAUGAUGCAUGACGGUUACUUUUCAAUUGAUAAUGAGCUUGGGGGUUUUUGCAGAGUGGUUUUGGUACUUAGCAACUAGUUAAUUAUGUGUGGCGUAAACCGCUAUGGCUACUUUACACCUUUGCUUUCAAUAUGAUGAAAUUGCGUCUCAUCAAAUUUAAUCGCACUCACCGUUACAGGGGAACAUCCUUAACAAUAUCCUGCUUAAGAAAACUCUUAUUGGAUGGAACUUGGAACUAUGGAACUUCAUAAUUAAUAAUCUCCUAAUUUAAACAAAUUAUCGAACUAAAUUUUCACUGUAUAACGCAACACCGUUUGGAUUUACCAUAAUCCACAUUCUCCAGAGUAGUAUCCCCUGUGAAACGAAUAACAUCAGUUGGAUUACCAUUUGGGCUAAUAAUAGAAUCGUUUUCGUCUAAAUCGACACUGCCAACAGGUGAAGUUAAACUAAUAUCAUUGCUAAAGCUGACGUCGUUGCUGCUGUUCCUUAUUUGCAUUCGCUGCUUUUUCAGGUCUGCCAACGUGCCAUUGCCAUUUAUUGUCACAACCACAUGAACUGU